AUGGAGGGCGUGUCCUUCGUGGGAGCCGACCUUGCCGUUACGCCGCUCGCGGACGCGCUGCUGCCGGCCGGGUUUGACCGGUCAAAGCCGGCGGUCUGGCUGGCGCAGGGCCUGUUCAUGUACAUCCCUGCGGCCGGCGUCGCCGCGCUGCUGCGCGGGGCGCGCGCGCUGAGCGCGCCGGGCAGCAGCCUGGUGUUUGACGCCAUCAACGCCGCCCGUGUGCCGUGGGCGGGGCCUCCGCCGGCGGCGGCCGCGGCCGGCGGCGGCCGCGGCCUAGGGGCCGGCGUGCGCGACCUGUUCGCGUUCGAAGCAAUCAAGGCCAUGACAGAUGCCGUCGGGGAGACGUUCUAUUCGUGCAUGUAUGCGAGUCCCAAGGCAGCGGGUGCGCUGGCUGCCGCGCUCGGGUUCCGCAGCGAGCGCGUGACGCUGCUGCACGAGGCGGUGGCGCGGCACGUGGGCGCUGGCGCCCCGGCGCCUUCGGGCGUGAACGUGAUGCUUGCGUGCUUCGAGUGGGCCGCGGAGUGA